AGGAAGUGGCUGAGAGCUCUGAGCGGGGUGGAGGAAAGGCAGGCCGGCCUAGGGCCUGGGAGCUGGGGCUCUGCUGGGGGCAGAGAAGAUCCCUAAAUCCGGAGGAAGGAGGCCGGUGGGGGGCUCUGAGGAAUCCAUGGCCCGGGUCUCAGAGCACAAUCUGCACAGACAGCCCCGUGGGGCUCAGACAUUAUGGAGCACGGACCCACUGGGAGCUCUGCAGCCACUGGCGGGGCCCAGGGCACAAUCUUUAUUAGAGAGUUGACUGGCAGAGUGAGUGUCCUGGACGUGUGUUGGGAGGACACUGGGGUGGAUCUGAAGAGGAGGGUGAUACAAAAAAUUGGUCGCGACAGUGAUGUUGACGGGCUUAGACUGGUAUUCGCAGGCAAACAGCUGGAAGAUGCCAGGAGUCUGCGGCACCAAGGGCUGACCAAUCACUGCACUGUCCAUUUGGUUAAGCGAUUGCGCGGUGGUGGUGAUCCAAGCUUCCUUCCUCAAGUCUUUCACUUUCCUGCUGUAACUGCACAAGGCAGAGAGAAAGCCCAGCCACAUUCAUCAUCUCCAGACAAAGCAGAACCUGAGGAACAAACACGAGAAGCAAGAAAAGUAGUGGCUGCAUUUAGACACUCUGCCAUGUUAAAGGGAAAAUGCAAGAGGUGUGUCGGAGAGAUCCUUCCAGAGGUAACGCCGGAGACUGUUGCAGGCACAGAGGAGAACGGGACUGUCUACAGAGCUCGCAUCCCCAGCGCUGGCUCCUUCCACUGCUCCGAAACGGGGCUUGGCUUUGAGGUGAGCGCAGCAGUGACCAUUGAGUACGAAUACGGCUCCUGGGCAGAGAGUCUGAGCCCAUCUGCCAGGCAGGAGUGGAUGGUCGCCGGCCCCCUGUUCCACAUCAGGGCCGAGCCUGACACGGUGCGAGCCGUGCACCUCCCCCACUUCGUGUGCCUUGCAGAUGGAACAGAUGAAAGCUUGUGCCACAUUGCCCAUUUUGAAGCUGGCAGGAUGACCCUGGAGAGUCCAACUAGAAUUAAUAACUUCUUUGCUGUCCUGGAGAAUCCCAGCUUCUCCCAGCUCGGCGUGCUUUGGAGAAAGAUACGUUCAACCAUAAAAUUUAUUCCCAUCCAUUCCCUUGUGCUGAUAUUCCGGAUGCUCAGUGCCGCUGAUGUCACUCUCCACCUCUACCUGAUACCCAAUGACCACUCACUGAGGAAGGCCAUUGAAGAAGAAGAAAUGAAGUGGAAGUCAAAGCAUGUACCUAAGCCUCCUCAGACUGACCCUCUGUACUUUGGGUCUCGGUACCAGGUGUCCGGUCCAUCAGAUCUUGAGAUAACCCCGAUGCAACUGCACUUCUGCUAUCAGAGUCCAGGUGAGCAGCAGUCGUAUAUUGAGAUCUACACCAAGGAGCUGGAGAAGGAAAUCAGGCUCCAUGUGAAUGGUCAAGAUGAUGGCAGCUUGGUCUGGGAGGCCUUGGUGAGGCCAGGGGACGUUAGUCUUUCUGCUUUGUCCUCCCAAACGCUCACAGGUGCAGCCUUCGUGGUGAAGCACCGGAGGCAGCUCCGUGCUCGAAUGGGACAGAUCCAGCCUGUGCUGGUGCGCUUACGGGAGGCCCAGCUCCUUAGCAGUGAAGAAGAGGAAGAGGUGAGAAGUGAACGGACAAGUCGAAUGAGGAAUGACGCCUUACUGCAGCUGGUUGAGCGGAAGGGAGCUCAGGCCCAAGAAGAACUCUACCAGACUCUCAGAGAGAUGGACCCUUACCUUGUACAGGACUUGGAGCAAUCCAGCUAGGGCCUGGAGAUCCUGCUACCUGCCACCUGUGCUCCUGGCUGUGCCAUCGCCAGGGACCAUGGAGCAAUAUGAUUUACGUCACGUGAGGAGCUUUUCAAGCCUUCUGACACAGCCACUGGGCUUGUGUCUCACCACUGUGUGCCACACUGGCAGCGUAAAGGAGCUGGAAAGCUGGCUGACCAUUCCAGAUGGAGAUUCCCCUGCACAGCUGACUCUCUGACGUCACUCACAGCAGCCCCAGGGGCCCUCUGCACCCAGGCCCAAUCGAGAGCAGCCCUGACUCCUAGUCCAGAGCUUUCACCAGUAAAUCAUCUGUGAUAAAUGAAAGGGGCGGGGGGGGGUAGCUCCCUUUUAUGGACACCCAGCCAGCCAGUUAGCUCUAAAAUCCCUCUUAGUGCUUGUUCUCUAUUUGCUUUACCUGUAAAGGGUUAAAAAGUCUCCUUGCACAGGCAAAGGGGAGGGAGUGAGCACCUGACUAAAAGAGCCAAUGGGAAGACUAGAGCUUUUUAAAAUGGGGAAAAACUUCCCUAUGUCUGUCUGUCUGUUGUUCUCCCAGAGAAGCAGAGAGUGGGCUGGAAAGAUCUGUAAGAAGCUUGGGGCCAGGUUUGAAAAUCAUCUGAGUCACCUAAAAACUACUCAUGUGAAAUCCCAGAUAUGUAAAUAGAUCAGGAAUGUCUAGGAAGACGUGAUUAAGUUUAUCUUUGUUUAUUUCUUUAUGCCUUGUGGACUCCUCUGUGCUAAC